UUUAUAUUUUAUAAAAAGUUAAUAAAUGUUUUCACAAAGCCUUUUUUCCAUUUUGGCCAAUUGUUGUUUUCUCUGUGGUGACUAGUUUGUCUAUGCUUAUGUUUUUAUUGUAAUUUUUAUUUCAUUCAUCGCAAGUUGCAUUGCCUACUUCAGUCUCCGCCCGUUUAGUGUUUUCCUUAUAAACCAUAUUUUAAGUGUACAUUUGUGUAUUACGUUUUAUAGUUUAAGGACGGAAGAUUACGUUACGCUAUAAAGUAUACUGUUCAACGCCACCGAGCUUGUCCCAUCCUCGUCUUCGCCUUUUCAGAAACCUGUCAGAUUACGCAGACGCACAUUGACAAUGUAGUCGAUCAUCAUGCGAAAACUUCUACAGAAUCAUGUAGCAGGGCUACAAAUCUAGUUGCACUAUUUCACAGAUCCACGAAAUAGUCCUAUAUCAUUUCCUCUAUACGGCUCAUUUCAGUGACGUGACAUGGAUCUGCUGUCCCCGGACGCGGAGGGCGGCACGACGGCGGGUAGCGUAAAGAGCGACGACAGCACGCCCCCGCACGAGGGCGGGCGGGGCUCGCCGCCGCCCAACUGCGCCAUCUGCCUGGGCACCUGCCGUAACAAGUGCUUCACCGACUCCUGCCUGCACCAGUUCUGCUUUAAAUGUCUACUAACAUGGAGCAAGGUAAAAGCGGAAUGCCCUCUCUGCAAACAGAACUUCAAAUCAAUAAUCCACAAUGUGCGCUCCAACCACCAGUACGAGGAGUAUAUGGUCGAACAGCGAGUGGAAACCAUCCCAGACCCUGCAGUGGAUCUCAGCAAUGCCACCAGAAGAUUCCGCUACAGGACAACGCUGACGCUGCCGCGGCGCGACACGCUGGCCAUCCAGCACCUGCUGAUGCACUACCCGAUGAUGGCCGGCGUGCUGCCGCCGCCGGGGCUGACGGGGCACGCGGGGCACGCCGGGCACGCCGGGCACGCGGGCCACGCCGGGCACGCGGGGCACGCCGGCCCCCUGCCCGGGCCGCCGCCGCCGCGCCGGCGCCGCCGCUCGCCCAACUCGUUCCGCCGCACCGUGUACCGCCACAACCUGUGGGCGCGCCCGCUGCCGGACUUCACGGGCCGCUACAGGGACUGCUCGCCGGAGUUCUACCGACGCAACGACUCGCAGAUGCACCGGCUGGUGCCGUGGCUGAGCCGCGAGCUGCACUACCUGCUGAACGAGAACGCGGGCCACAUGUCGUACGUGCUGGCGCGCCUGCUGGAGCUGCUGCCGCAGCACCACGUCACGUCCGCCGAGUUCGCCGCCGCCGUGCAGCGCUACUUCGGCGACCGCACCGAGCACUUCCUGCACGAGCUGCACUGCUUCGCCUCCACGCCCUACGACAUGGCCGGCUACGACCGCCAGGUGCAGUACACCACCGACACCAGGAUCUCCACCGUGGUCAACGAGAUCUCCAGCACGGACUCCGACUCGGACUCCGACAUCGUCAUGGUGUCGGCGUCGGCCCCGCCCCCCGGGCCCCCGCCCGGGCCCUCCGGCGUGGUCCCCAUCGAGACCGUGUCCCGCUCCGGCUCCGACGACGACGGCGAGGUCGUCGUGGUCGGCUACAUCAAGCCGCCCGCCGACCGCACGCCCGAGGUCGUGGACCUGCUCGGCUCCGACAGCGACGUCGUCGUGCAGGAGGCCCCGGAGCCCGAGCGCAGCCUCGUCAAGCUGAGCCUCACGCGGCGCCGCCCGCCCAGCGACAGCGACAGCAGCUACGUGCCCGAGCCCGAGCCCGAGGGCCGGCCCCGGCGCAAGCGGCGCCGCCGCUCGGGCUCCACCACGGACUCCGAGCGGCUCACGCCCUCCCCGCCCGCCCCGGCGCCGCCCCCGGCCUGCUCCUCCAGCUCCUCCGGCUCCGAGCCCGCCCCGUCCUCGUCCGAGUCCGAGGACUCCGAGGACCGGCGUCGGCGCAACCCGAAGCGCACGCGCCGGAAAAGUCGCAAGGACAAGAAGCGCAGUAAAAAGAGCCCCCCGCGCCACCGCGCGCGCCGGGCCUCCGACCGGCCCAAGCACAAGCCCCCCCGCGGCCCCGGGGCCCCGGCGGCGCGCCGGCCCGAGGAGCCCGCCCCGGGGCCCAGCACGAGCCGGGCCGCGCGGCUGCGCAGCGUGGUCAGCGUGCCGGCCAAGUCCAGCGACUCCGGCUCCAGCGGGCCCUCCAACCUGCUGAACCUGCUGAGCAGCGCCAUCCUCAACCCGCACUCCAACGUGCUGGCCUACAACAGCGACAGCGGCUCCGUGCCCGAGUCGCGGCGAGCCCCGGAGACGGAGCGGCUCAUGCUGAAGGCGGAGUCGUGUUUCAAAACCGAAUCUUCGGGCUCCGACCCGGAGGAUGACCUGCCUCUUAACCUAUCCGUGCAGCGCUCGCAUCCGCUUUGAAGUGAUAAAUUUGUACACGUUCCUUCAACAAUUGGCAGGAAAUUGGUACCGACUCGCUUGAAGCGGGAUGGAGCUUGUCUACGAACAGAGUGCUGCGAAUCAAAUCUAAACUAGAACUGGAUUGUCUUAUGUGGAACGUGUUAACGGUGAGGGUUCCUCUCGUGCGUGAUAUUGUGAUACAUUUAUACUUAGGCGACGGACGCUCGGGUGACGUCAUUGUAUAGUAAACUAUUUAUGUAGAUAUUAUUUGAUCGAUGGCUAAGUGCGUUGCGAAGACUGUUUUGAUUGCUUUGCGAGAUUUUCUUCGAUUCUAAGGAGACUUAUGUAACUCUUUAAGGCCGCCUCUCCGCAUGUUUUGCUUACGUAAGUGCUUAGCGAUAGGGACGAAGUUGUUUGUUAGAAGCAUAACUAGAUGCCGUCCCUAACGACUAAGUAACUAUGUAAAGAUAUUUAAAUAACCCGACUGCUGAAAUAAAUAUACCUAUGCCACAA